GGAGGAGGAGAGUGUGUGCUGCCUGCCGCUCAUUUAGAGCAGGGAAUCAAGCAGCGUCUGUCUGGCUGAGGUAGGCGAGCGGACCUGCGUGGAAUGGAGGAAUACCGCUGUCUGCCUGCCUGAGAAUACAGACUUUAUCCACAUGCUCUAGACAGGUUAGAUUCAAUACUGUUGCUCACAAAAAGGAAAGACAAAGAACAGGGCUGUGUUCAGCAUGUUUACAUUUGGAUUUUGUUUGUGCGUUCUCAGUAAGGCUGGAGCUCUGUGAUGGUUCUGUCUGCCUGAGGGUGUGCCCCAUGGCUGUGUGGAUCGGGUGCCAGCUCUGAUACCAUGCAGAGGGCAGGGGAGGCUGCCACCACGCUCACUCUCUUGCUGUGCUGUUCCCACCUCUGCCACACACUGGGAAUCCCAAAGUUGUCUUCUUAUGCCAAGACUGAAGACAAGUUGUUCAAGCACCUCUUCAGAAACUAUCAGAAAUGGGUGAGACCAGUGGAAUACCUCAAUGGAACGGUGCGGGUCAAAUUUGGACUAGCAAUCUCCCAGCUAGUAGAUGUGGAUGAAAAGAACCAGCUGAUGACAACCAAUGUGUGGAUGAAACAGGAGUGGGUGGACAUGAAGCUACGCUGGAAGCCUGAAGACUACAUGGGCAUCACAAGCAUCCGAGUUCCCUCCAACUCUAUCUGGAUCCCUGACAUUGUACUCUAUGACAAUGCAGAUGGUCGUUUUGAAGGCACUGUUACCAAGGCUGUGGUCAGAUAUGAUGGAACCAUUGUAUGGACACCACCGGCCAAUUACAAGUCAGCCUGUACCAUAGACGUCACCUUUUUCCCCUUUGACCUCCAGAACUGCUCCAUGAAGUUUGGCUCUUGGACCUACGAUGGCUCUCAGGUGGACAUCCUCCUGGAGGACUUCCAUGUGGACAAGCGGGACUACUUUGACAAUGGCGAAUGGGAGAUUGUGAAAGCCACCGGCAGUCGUAGUUUUAGGACAGACGACAGCUGCUCCUACCCUUUCAUCACGUACUCCUUCAUCAUCCGCAGAAUGCCACUCUUCUACACCCUCUUCCUCAUUAUCCCCUGCAUUGGCCUGUCCUUCCUCACCAUCCUGGUCUUCUACCUACCCUCCAACGGCGGGGAGAAGAUCUCCCUCUGCACCUCUGUGCUGGUCUCCCUCACUGUUUUCCUGCUGGUCAUCGAAGAGAUCAUCCCCUCCUCCUCGAAGGUGAUUCCCCUCAUCGGAGAGUACCUGGUCUUCACCAUGAUCUUCGUCACCCUCUCCAUUGUCAUCACCGUCUUCGCCAUCAACAUCCACCACCGCUCCCCCUCCACCCACCACGGCAUGGCGCCCUGGGUGCGUCGCAUUUUUCUGCAUCGGCUGCCCAAGCUGCUAUGCAUGCGUAGCCACGUGGACCGCUAUGCCUGCCCUGGGGCUGCUAGAGGGGGACUGAUAGGAGGAAGAGUGGUAGGGGUCGGGGUGAUGGACACCAACCUAGACAACAACCAUCCACUGACCUCGAGGAAUAACCUGCAGGCAGCGCUGGACUCUAUUCGUUAUAUCACCAUGCAUGUGGUCAAGGAGAACCAGGUCAGAGAGGUGGUACAGGACUGGAAGUUUGUGGCACAAGUUCUCGACAGGGUGUUCCUGUGGACCUUUCUGCUGGUGUCAGUCCUUGGCUCGGCUCUGCUUUUCAUCCCGGUCAUCUACAAGUGGGCCAGUAUCAUUGUCCCCGACCACACUGGAGGAAAUAGCUAAGGUCUCACAUAAACCAACAUAUUUGAGCAAACUGCACUAUGGUUCUACUCAGAAUGCUGAUAUGAAGGUGAAACCUCACUUUAUAAUUUUUCAUUGAAUUUCACUGAACUGGAGUUUAGGAGAGCCGCAUUCAUGAUUCCUAAUGGAUGUAUAUAGAAACAAAAAUGAUGCCGUGUAUAAUUGUAUGAGCAUUAACAAUUUUGUACUACUUUUACCUUGUUUUAAUUUUUUUUAUUCUCCAAUAGGCUACUGUACUGUCUACGUCAAUCCUAAUUACAGUGAGGUGUCAGAUUUGAAGAAUAGUAAGUGUAUAUGUAAUAUACUCUCUUGUGAUCAGUUAACCUCCUAUGACUCAUGUCUCAGUCAGUUAGCAGUAACUAAUGCUUUUCAUUCUGUUCAUUGUUCAUUUCAAAGUUACUCAUUCUGGUGGGAAGCAAGACUUAAAUUGGGCCAAAGAUACAAAGUGCCAUUCUUACAAUGUCAAUCCUAUACACAACCAGCUUUGUUGGCUCAUAAUAUAGUCUCAUAUAAUUAAUUACAUUUUCAGCUCUGAAAAUUCUGAUAUCUGAGGUUUGGUUGGUGUAAUACAGAUAUGUUGAUAGACAUAAACAAAAUAUGUGCUAUACUGUAUGUUAUGUACUGUGCUUGCAGUUUCUACAGCCAUGGCCAAUGUAGAUGUGUAGGAUGCAGGUACGCUAUGUAUGAAUGAAAGUAAUAUGAUGAUUUUUCUUGUCUAUUUUGAAUUUCAUGAUAAAUUGUAGGAACAA